AUGUUGAAAAUCAUUUUCUUAGCUGUUCUGUGUUCAUUUAGUGUAGGAUUAUUUGAGAAUUCUUAUCUAAUUAAGAAUGCAAAUAAAUUAUAAGAUUUUAGAGAUAUUUUAGAAUCAGAAUUUGUUUCACUUGUUUAUUUUUAUUCAGAUUCAUGUGAAAAUUGUCAAAGAGCAGCUUCAUUAAUAGAAAAAGUAGCUGAAGAUUAAGAAGGUAUAAUAAAUGUAUAUGGAACAAACUGUGAUGAAAUAAAUAAAGAUCCAAAAUCAAAGUAGAUAUUUGAUAUAAAUAAAGUGAUUAAUUACCAUAUUGUAGUCCAGAUGUGAUAUAACAUUUGCCAUAAAUUACAUUCUUUGAACCUCCAAGUCAACCUAUAAAUCCUUAUACAAAAGAAAAAAUGAUAGCUACAGAACAUAGAUUUUAAGGAGAAGCUAAUCCUUAAAGUUUAGGAUAGUAUGGAUAUAAAUUUAUUCCAAAUCACGUGAUUAGAAUUAAUAAUAUGGAUGAACUCAAAAAAUUUGAGACAUCUGAUCAGAAAUUAAAUAAAGUUAUUCUUUUUACAAAGAGAAAAGAAACAUCUGCUUUGCUUAAAGCAUUAAAUUUACAUUAUUAUGAAAGAGUAAAAUUUGGAGAGAUUGUAGCAACUCCAGAAACCUAAUCUUUAAUAGAUGAAUUUGAUAUAAAAGAUCUACCAUAAAUAGUUGGAUUAGAAAAUAAUGGAGAUAAUACUUAUAAUAGAGAAUUAUUUGAUGGUGAUUUAUUAUUCAAACCAAUAAAGAAAUUUGUUAGAAGUUUAGCUACUAAAGAUAGAAUACCUUAUGAAUAAAUCAAUGAAUAAUCUAAGAAAUAAGAGGAAAGAAAAAAUAGAAGAUAAAAAUAAGAUGAUUAAGAAUAGAAUAAUGAAAAAUAAAAUUUAAUUAUACCAACUAAAUUAGAUCAAAAUAUUUUAAAUAAACAACUUUUAAGAAAUGAUAAACCAGCAUUUGUACAUGUUUAUAAAGAUAUUCCACAUAAAACUUGGGAAGAAACUAUAAAAAAAUAUAAAUCUUUAUUUGAUUAUUAUGAAUUUUAAGUUAACACUUAAGAAGAUGAAGAAUUAGCUAAAGAAUUGCAAAUUAAAAGUUAUCCUAGUAUUAAAUUCUAUUAAGUUGGUAAUACUGCAAAAAAAAGAGCAUCUAAAAUAUCAUUUACAAAAGAAUAUUCAUUAGAUGAAAUAAAUAAAGAUAUUCAAGAAUUAGUUGAUGAUAAAACUAUAAAUAUAAAUGAAUAAUCAUUAUAAAUGUAAUUGAGUUAAUAUCUUGCUGAUAAUAAUAUUGUUGUACUUUAUUUUUAUUAAACUCAAUAAGUUGGAUUAACAUAUAGAGUUAUAAGUUAAUUAUAAGAAUAUUAUGGUAAAUAUAAAUUUUUGUCAUUUAAAAAUGCAUCAAAAAAGGUUAUUGAAUAAUUUUAAAUAUCAAAUCAACCUGCAAUAACUAUAAUUUUUAGAGAUGUAAAGGACAAGAAAGAAUUAGAUGAAGAACUUAAGUCUGAUUAAGUAAAACAAGCGCUAUUUACAGGAAAACAUGGUUACGAUGAAAUCAAAUCAUUUUUAGAUUCUGUAUAUUAAUAUAUUAUAUAUUUAGUUUGAUGAAUCUAAAAAGACAUCAAGUAAAAAAGUUUAAGAAAUAACUAAUCAAGAAUAAUUUGAAGAAUUUUGUUAAAAAAGAUAAACUUUAUGUUAUAUUGCAUUAUUAAAUGGUGAACAUAAAUAAGUAAAACAUGAUGAUAUUUUAUCAAAAUGGGAACAUUAAUUAGAAGUAUUAGACAAAAUUAAGAAUAUUCAUGGAGCUAAAUAAGCAUCUUUUGUUUUCAUUGAUGCUUCAUGUCAUGAUGAAUUAUUAUUAAAAUUUGAUAUUUCUGAUGAUGCAUUACCUAAUUUUGUGGCUUACUCUAGUAGUAAAAAGAUGUAUUUAUAUUUUAAAUAUUUUAGUUAUUCUAAAUUGAUUGGAAGAUUUGAUUAUGAUUCAAUCAGUAAAUUUAUUGAUAAAUAAUACAAGGGAUAAUCUAGCAAUAUUAAUAUUAAUUCUAUUUAAAUUAUUGAAAAAAAUUGUGAAGAAAUAUUUCAAAAAAGAAAAGAAGCAAGUUAAUAAUCAGGACUAUCUGAUUUUGAUGAAGAAAUUUUAAAAGAAAUUUUAGAGGAAGAAAGAUAAAAAAAGAAAGAAUUAGAGAAAGAAUUGAGAAAAGGAAAGAAAAAGAAUAAAAAAUCUAAAGAUGAGUUAUGA